CUCUUCUGUCUUCUCGGUUCUCGCCGUUUCGCGUUAGCCAAGCGCAUCGAGUCUCUCUCCAAACCUCUUUCAAUUCUCUCUCUCUCUUUCUUUCUUUCUCUCUCUAUCCUCCGUUUCUCUCUCAUCGUCGCGCCUUGUUCGCACAAAAUCUCUGGAUUUCUCUUCUAUUUCCAGCGAUCGAUCUUAAUUACUAGAAGAACCCUUCCUUUUUCCCUUUCCUUCGCCGAUUAUUCCGAUUAAAGAGAAAUUAUUCGCCACCUAAGCCCUAAAAACGAAAAAGAGAAACACCACACUUGCCGUCUCUCUUUCUCUCCAUCGGGAGAAUUGUGGGAUCGAUGAAGAUGGAGGAAUAUUAUGCAUGGGUCCGGUUCUGAGGAGUGGAAACACAGCCGGCACAUGUGGCCCAACGCCACUGCUGUAGCCCCCGAUUCUUCACCGUCUCAAUUUAUAUGCAAAGAUGGACGCAAGAUUUAUGUUGGUGAUUGUGCACUUUUCAAGCCACCCCGGCAUUCCCCACCUUUUAUUGGAAUAAUUCGCAAGUUAAUAUUUAAUAAAGAAGAAAGUCCAACUUUAGAAGUGAAUUGGCUUUACCGACAUGCUGAUGUGAAGCUUACCAAGGGCGUAUUGGAAGCUGCCCCAAACGAAGUCUUCUACUCAUAUCACAAGAAUGAAAUAUCUGCUUCAUCAUUACUCCAUCCGUGUAAAGUCGCGUUCCUUCGUAAAGGUGUUGAACUUCCUUCAGGGAUAUCUGCGUUUGUCUGCAGGCGAGUGUAUGACACUGAGAACAACUGUAUAUGGUGGCUAACCGAUAAGGAAUACAUUAAUGCUGUACCGGAAGAAGUUGACCGGUUAUUAGACAAGACAAAACUAGAAAUGCAUGGGGCAGCGCAGUCGGGAGGCCGUUCUCCAAAACCUUUGAAUGGUCCGACAUCAACACAAUCUUUGAAAUCUGGUUCUGAUAGUGUUCAAAACAGUUCUUCCUUUGGUACACAGGUUAAAGGAAAAAAGAGAGAAAGGGGUGAUCAGGGUUCUGAUUUAUCUAAACGAGAGCGGCUAUUUAAAGCAGAAGAUGGGGAUUUUGGCCCAGUUAGAUCUGAGAGCAUGUUGAGGAGUGAGAUCAGUAAAAUUACUGACAAAGGUGGGCUUGUUGACUUUGAAGGAGUUGAAAGACUUGUGCAACUCAUGCAACCUGAUGGUGCUGAUAAAAAAAUAGAUUUGGGUGGGAGAAUAAUCCUUGUUAAUGCAAUAGCAGCAACCGAGCGUGAUGAUUGUCUUAGCUGGUUUGUACAGCUCAGGGGUUUACCUGUGUUGGAUGAAUGGCUCCAGGAGGUUCACAAGGGAAAAAAUGGUGAUAGUAAUACCCCUAAAGAAAGCGACAAAUCAGUUGAGGAAUUUUUGUUAGCCUUACUUCGUGCAUUGGAUAGGCUUCCUGUGAACCUUCAUGCAUUGCAAACAUGCAAUGUUGGGAAGUCUGUUAAUCAUUUACGCACUCACAAAAAUUCUGAAAUUCAGAGGAAAGCUAGGAGUUUAGUAGAUACAUGGAAGAAACGUGUUGAGGCUGAAAUGAAUAUGACCGAUUCGAAAUCUGGUUCUACACGUCCUGUGUCUUGGCAAGCAAAACCGGCAGCUUCUGAGAUCUCUCAUGUUGGAAAUAAGAAAACUGGAGGAUCUGAGAAUGCUACAAAGGGAUCUGCAAUUCAAUCAUCAGUAUCCAAAAAUUCAUUGGCUAAGCAUGGUUCUGGGGAAGCAUUGUCCAAGUCUUCUUCAGCUCCUAGCUCAAUUAAAUUGAUGACUACCUCAAUGGGCUGUACCCCUAAAGAUCAGAAUGUGAAGGCAUUAGUUGGUGCCCCAGCAUCAGAUCAACCUCUGACACCUAUCAAGGAGGAAAGGAGCAGCAGUUCUAGUCAGUCCCAAAACAACAGCUUAUCUUGUUCUAGUGAACAUGCAAAAACAAUUGGGUCUUGUAGGGAAGAUUCUAGGAGUUCCACUGCUGUGUCAAUGAGUGCGAGCAAAAUACCUGGUGGUACAUCUCGAACUCGGAAGUCAAGCAAUGGAGUACAUGGGGCUGGUGUUGCACUUGCUCAGAAGGAGCCCACCUCGGUAAAAAGCUCUACUAGAAACUCACCUUCUGAAAAAGUUUCACCAACUCGAGUUUCCCACGAAAAAUCUUUUGAUCCGCCACUUACCGAUCAAGGGAAUAAUCAACGCCUUAUUCUCAGACUGCCAAAUACUGCCCGUAGUCCUUCAAGGGGAGCAAGCGGUGCUGCUUCUGAAGAACCUGCUAUUCCUUGUGGCAUAGCUUCGCCUCCUGCCGACAAGAAUGAGUCUCGGGAUAGAAGAGUUAAAGCCAAAAAUGAUGGUUUGCAUACCAUUGUUUCAUCUAAUGUGAUAACUGAUGCCUGUGCUUCUAAUGAAGCUUCAACUGGCUGUGAGCAUGGUAAGGGCUCUCCGAUAGCUGAUGAACAGGGAAGGAUUAAUGAAGACGGUGAUCAGGUACCAGAAACAUCGAAACAGAGUAAUCUGUCAUCAGGAUUUAUUUCCAGAUCAGGGCAGACUUAUGCUGCUUCUUUAAGCCCUAUGAAUGCAUUAGUUGAAAGUUGUGUCAAAUUCUCCGAAGCUAGUGCCUCUGUCUCUGCUGGUGAUGAUGGGAUGAACUUACUUGCUACCGUAGCUGCAGGCGAGAUAUCCACAUCUGGAAAUGUCUCUCCUCUGGCUUCACCUGAGAGGAAGUCUCCUGUGGUAGAUGAAUCCAGCUCUGGCAAUGUUUCCAAGUUAAAGCAUCCGGGUGAAAUAGCUGCUCACACUGUUACACAAUCUGAUAGAAGGGCAUCAGCAGAGCCUCAGUUGAAUGCUGUUGAUCCAGUGCAAUUUAAAAAUGAUUCAAGGCACCCUAUGACCACAAUAUCACGUGGUUCUGCUGGAGAAGAAGCAAUUUCAACCAGUUGUAAAGAGAAAACUGGUGAUGACGGGGCCCAAAUGAAUGUCUCUACUGCAGAUUUGUCACAAAAUGCUGAAUCUCCUUGCAUACGGCCAGAAAUUGCUGAGAGUGCUUCUGAAACUGUACCACCAUCUAAAAAGGAGACUCGGGAAGAGCCUGGAGGAGAGAACUAUUUUCAUGUGCAGAGGGAUUUUGGAAGUCAGUGGGUUAAACCCAGCAGUUCAGACUCUAAAAAGGAGAUGGUUGAUCACUUGGAUGAGGCAAUCGUGAAGAAUGAUGAAAUGCUAGUUUCCAAAGAGACCAUUGCAGGUGUAAAGAUUGAAACGGAAUUAGGUGAAAAAUUACUUAAGUUAUCUUCAGAUGUAGGUAAGGAUAACAAGAUCAGUACAGAGGUUACUGGCGUAUCAGUGCAAAAGUCAUCUGUUGCAGAAAGCAGCGAGUCUGUAGAGUUUAAAAAGGUGGAUGUGAUGCCGCCUUCUGCUUCUGGUAAUUCUUUGAUGGCAUCCAGGGAUGAAAAUGCAAAUGAGAUGAAGCUGGCUGCCACCAAUCCUGAUGAAAAAGGUGUGACAAAGAUAAUUCAGGUCUGAAGGAGAUUCUUGGUCAAUGUUCUGGAUCAUCAAAUCUCCCAGCGUUGUCCAAAGUUCCCGGGAAAGAAAAUGAAGUGUCUAAAACUUCUGUGUGCAACUUAGAUGGAAAGGAAUCUGAUGUUGCAGGUGAGCAGCAUGCCCACAGUAUUCAUCCAUCCCUCACUGUUGCUGGGUCUGAUGCAGGUGUAAUAUUAGACUUUGAUCUAAAUGAGGGCUUCUCUGUUGAUGAUGCUAGCCAUGGGGAGAUUGUUCGGCAGGAAGAACACACCACAUCAUCUGCGGUCCAUAAUCCUUGUGCAUUGCCUUUUCCCAUUUCAUCCAUCUCUGGGGGAUUCCAUACAACAAUUACAGUGGCAUCUGCUGUCAAGGGGCGAGUUGUUCUACCAGAAAACCCAUUGCGCAGUAAGGGUGAACUUGGAUGGAAAGGCUCUGCUGCAACAAGUGCCUUCCGGCCAGCUGAACCUAGGAAAAAUUCAGAGACACCGUCAACUACUGGAGAUAUUCCUUCUGUUGAUUCCACAUCUUCAAAACAAGGCCGUGCUCCUUUAGAUUUUGAUUUGAAUGUUGCUGAUGAAAGAAGUUUUGAGGAUGUAGGUUCCCAUGGUUCUUCAGAAUCUGGGCCACCUGAUCGCAGCACAAUGGGACUUGAUCUUGAUUUGAACAGAGUUGAUGAGACUCCUGAUGCUGUUUCUUACUCUCUGAGUAAACUGGAUGCUCCUACAUUGCCAAGUAAGCCUUCACUGUCUGGUAGGUUAUCUAAUGGUGGAAGUGUGUCAAGAGACUUCGAUUUGAAUAAUGGACCAGGCCUUGAUGAAGUUGGCACAGAGGUCCCAACUCGAAUUCAGCAGAUGAAAAAUAGUGCACCGAUUCCAUCUGCCAUCCAUGGUACAAGAGCCAACAAUGCUGAAUAUGGGAAUUAUUCAUCAUGGUUUCCCCCAGGAAAUUCUUAUUCUGCAAUUACUGUCCCUCCACUUCUUCCUGGUAGAGGUGAACAGAGUUAUGUUGCAGCUGCUGGUGCACAGCGGAUAAUGGGUCCCACUGGUAGUGCAGCCUUUGGUCCUGAACUCUACCGGGGGCCAGUGCUUUCAUCUGCUCCUGCUGUUGCUUACCAACCUACUGCAGCACCCUUUCCAUAUCCAGGAGGAUUUCCAUUUGAGACUAGUUUUCCAUUAUCUUCAAACUCCUUUUCUGUUGGUUCAGCAACAUUUAUUGAUUCAUCAACAGUUGGUGGACUUUGCUUUCCUACUAUGCCGUCGCAGCCAGUUGCACCUGGUGGUGUUGUCUCCUCAACAUAUCCGCGUCCAUAUGUCAUGAGUCUUCCUGGGGGUACAAGUAAUGUGAUUCCUGACACCCGAAAAUGGGGAAGUCAAAGUCUGGAUCUUAAUUCAGGCCCCGGUGGUACAGAUACAGACAGGAGAGAGGAACAUAUGAAGAUGUUUCAGGUGGCAGGUGUCUUGAAGAGAAAAGAACCUGAUGGUGGUUGGGAUGGAGCUGAUAGAUUCAGCUACAAACAGCCCUCAUGGCAGUAGGAUCAUGGCUCUUCAAAACUAAUAUAGAAGUGGAGCUUUUUGUGGAAAGUGCUGGAAAUAUUGAUGAUAAUGUUUGCAUGCCGAGUGUCAACUGUGUUGGGCCAUGAAGAAUGAGCAGAGAUGGUACCCUUGCUGCUGACACACUCGCCCGUCGUUAAAUGACUCUUAAAGCAAUCAGGGCCUCUGAUGGCUGAUGCAGUUUGUCUUGUAUGAUUCUGCAUACAACAAGCCGUUCCCUUUCAGAUAAGAUGAAAGGAGGGUUCGAUGUAUCAACUGGCCUGGGUUUUAGGCCAGUUUCAGAUCAUUUGUUUCCCUUCCUUUGCUUUCAACUUUGUUAAAUACAUGGAAUGCGACAGCUGCUGUUUUGGAAAAACAAGGGGAGGAACCUGAGCUACACUGUUAUAGACCCCUUAGGCCCAUAGCAAAGGAAACUCUUAAAGGCUGUUCAAGAAAAUGAGGAAGUUCUCAGGAAAGGCUACAACCUUGUAUUGGUGGUUCAAAAGGAGGAUAAAUUCACAGCAGGGUGGAUAGGCAAUCUGGCGAAUGCUGCCUAGAAGAUUGUACAGCCUUGAAAGCGGCGUUAUGGGGGAUCUUGAAAGGGCUGGAGUUAGUGAGGGAUGACUCACAGGCUUCCUUCAAGGUCAUCAACAACAAUCACUCUGGGAGUGCUAGCAACUAGUCUCUUCUCUGAUGAUAACAAAAGAAUUGGGGAGCUGUUCUUUGUUCACCCGCUGUGCUCGCAAAGGAUGUGAGUUGGAUCAAGGAUUACAUUUUUGAGAUGAUCCCCCCAAAUGUAUCUUGUCUGUGGAUGAUGCCUUGCCCUGCAGAGUAGUUGUGGUGUAGUUUCUGUCUGGGCUUCGGCCUUCUUGUAAACCAAAGAAAAAUAGGAUGCUCUACACAUUCUGCUUAUUGAUGAUAAUAUAGUCACAGGUUAGCAAUCAUGGCCAACGUGUCACCUCUCUCUUUCUCAAUGUUUUGUAGUGUGAUUCGAGUUCUUGUUAGUGGCUUACCUUAACAAAAUCUUGUUGGCUAAACUCAUCCUUCUCAUGGCUCAUUUUAUUUAUUUUUAACAUUAAUUUUAUCAGA